UGCCUUUAGGAAUUUAUCCCUCCAUCCCAGGGUGUGAAGGGUUGGUUUUCCCAAGGGUUGAGCCCCAAAAACCUGGAGAAUUGGGAACAAGAGCUCCCAGAGUGUGAAGGGUUGGGUCCCCUGAGGAUUGAGCCCCAAAAAUCUGGAAAAGUGGGAACAAGAGUUCCCAGAGUGUGAAGGGUUGGGAUCCCUGAGGAUUGAGGCCUGAAAACCCAGAGAACCAGGAACGAGAGCUCCCAGGGUGUGAAGGGUUGGUUUCUCUGAGGUUUGAGCUCCAAAAUCCUGGAAAAUUGGGAACGAGACCUCCCAGGGUGUCAAGGGUUGGUUUCUCUGAGGUUUGAGCUCCAAAAUCCUGGAAAAUUUGGAACGAGAGCUCCCAGGGUGUGAAGGGUCGGUUUCCCUGAGGUUUGAGCCCCAAAAAUCUGGAAAAUUUGGAACGAGAGCUCCCAGGGUGUGAAGGGUCGGUUUCCCUGAGGAUUGAGGCCUGAAAACCCAGAGAACCAGGAACAAGAGCUCCCAGGGUGUGAAGGGUCGGUUUCUCUGAGGUUUGAGCCCCAAAAACCUGGAGAACCGGGAACAAGAGCUCCCAGGGUGUGAAGGGUUGGUUUCCCCAAGGAUUGAACCCCAAAAACCCGGAGAACCAGGAACAAGAGCUCAGCUUUGCCCACGGCAAACCCCAGGGACGCUGUCCUUGCACCAUGGGGCACGCAGUGCAGGGCCAGGCUAGGCAGAGGGGUGCCCACACCCCGUGGAUGCCCAUGGUGACAUCCCUGCUGUCCCCAGGAUGUCCAUGAGGAGCCCCGUCUCUCCACCCCCGGAGCUGGAUGGAGCGGGCACCAUGGUGAACUGCGCCGUCAAGACCGAGGAGAAGAAGGAGGGCAGCCCUGAAACCCCCCCGGGGGCUGCCCCCAGCGCUGACCCCCGGCCCCACGACCCCCCAGGGCCACCUCCCAGGGAUGGCACCGACCCCCAGGCCCUGCCACAGGAAUCCCGCUCUCCCUCCGGGGACGUCCCCGAGCCGCGGCGCUCCGCCUUCGAGCCGGCCGGGAGCGGCCAGGACAAGCUGGACUUCAACAGGAACCUGAAGGAAGUGAUGCCAACCAUCGAGAAGCUGCUGGCCAGUGACUGGAAGGAGCGGCUGCUGGGCCGGAACGCGGCGGAAUCCAAGGAAGUGAAAGGAACGCAGGAGAGCCUGGCGGAGAAGGAGCUGCAGCUGCUGGUGAUGAUCAACCAGCUGUCCACGCUGCGGGACCAGCUGCUGACGGCGCACUCGGAGCAGAAGAACAUGGCCACCAUGCUCUUCGAGAAGCAGCAGCAGCAGAUGGAGCUGGCACGGCAGCAGCAGGAGCAGAUCGCCAAGCAGCAGCAGCAGCUCAUCCAGCAGCAGCACAAGAUCAACCUCCUCCAGCAGCAGAUCCAGGUCAACAUGCCCUACGUGAUGAUCCCCGCCUUCACCCCCGGCCACCAGCCCCUGCCGGUGAGCCCCGAGUCCCAGCUGGCGCUGCCCAUCCAGCCCAUCCCCUGCAAACCGGUGGAUUACCCGGUGCAGCUCCUGCACAGCCCCCCUCCUGCCACGCUCAAGAGACCCGCGGGCCCGGGACACCUCCAGAUGCAGGAGACCUCGCAGCCGCUGAACCUGACGGCCAAGCCCAAGGGCUCGGAGCUGCCCAGCGCCUCCAGUUCUCCCAGUUUGAAGAUGAGCGGCUGCCAGGCGCUGCCGCCGAGCCACGGGGCCAGCAGGGAGCUGCAGAGCAGCCCCUCCAACCUCCCGCUGGGAUUCCUGGGAGAGGGCGAUGCCAUCACCAAAGCCAUCCACGAUGCGCGGCAGCUGCUGCACGGCCACGGCGCCGCCAUGGAGGGGUCACUGAGCAGCCCCUACCGCAAGGAGCCCGUCGGGAUCGACUCCUCCCCAGUGAAGGAGCGGAUGGAGGAGACCCCCGGCCACCGGCUGGACGAGGCUCUGCUGAGCUGCGAGAUGGACGGCUCCCGGCACUUCCCGGAGUCCAGGAACAACAACCACAUCAAGCGGCCCAUGAACGCCUUCAUGGUGUGGGCCAAGGACGAGCGCAGGAAGAUCCUGCAGGCCUUCCCAGACAUGCACAACUCCAGCAUCAGCAAGAUCCUGGGAUCCCGCUGGAAAUCCAUGUCCAACCAGGAGAAGCAGCCCUACUACGAGGAGCAGGCGCGGCUGAGCCGGCAGCACCUGGAGAAGUACCCGGACUACAAAUACAAACCGCGGCCCAAGCGCACCUGCAUCGUGGAGGGCAAGCGGCUGCGCGUGGGCGAGUACAAGGCGCUGAUGAGGAACCGGCGCCAGGACGCCAGGCAGGGCUACUUGAUAGGGCCGCAGGGCAGCCAGGUGCCCCCCAGCUCCUCGGACGUGCUGUACCCGCGGCCGGUGGGCGUGCAGCUGCCCCCGCCCCUCCUGGAGCAUUACCUGCCCCGCGGCGUGGACCCCACCAUGCCCGUCAUCGUCAACACCCGCAGCCUCAAGGACGGCGACGCCGGGGACGACGGGCACUCGGUGCCCGAGGGGGACAUGUACCGCUACAGCGAGGACGAGGACUCGGAGGGCGAGGACAAGAGCGAUGGCGAGCUGGUGGUGCUGACGGACUGAGGGGACACAGGGGGACGGUGGCAGGGCUGGCUGACGCCUCUGGCUGUGUCCUGGUGUGGUGCCACGCAGAGCUGCCCACCUGUAGAAGGGUGGGAGCUGCCCGCCUGGGAUUUUGGGUGGCAAGGACUUGGCCUUGCUUUGGCGGCACGUGGAGCCGAGGCCAGCGAGCCUGGAGGUUUGGUGACGCUGUGGCUGCUGCGAUGUCACCCCUGAGGGGACCUGAGGCUCUGGGGCUGCAGGGAACCUCCAGGGCAUCUCCAGCCCUGCAGCACCUGUGGGUGAGAGAGCAUCACCUGCUGCACUGCUGGGCACGGGAUGGGGACACAGGAUGGGGACACAGGAUGGGGACACAGGACA